UUGGCGCUGGGACCUCAUCGGAGCAGUACCGCUGUCUGUGAGGCGCAGAACCGCUGACGACAACGACAAGACAGCCGCAAAGCUGGGCAACGAAACCGCUCCAGCUCCUCUGUCCUGCGAGCACAAGAUGCAGCACGAAGCCGCAGCCCCCGAGCCGGAGUGCAGAGAGACCCAUCCGCCCGGGCUAGGCUUCCGCCUGGAGGCGCACAGGAUCGUCAGCAUCUCUCUGGGGAAGAUUUACCAUUCCCGGGUGCAACGCGGAGGGAUCAAGCUUCACAAGAACCUCAUGGUGUCCCUGGUGCUGCGCAGCGCUCAGCAGGUGUAUCUAAGCCAGUGCCCGGAGGACUAUGGAGUGUAUCCAAGCCCGCAAGAGCCGGAGGCGUCCCCUGUUGCAGAGGAUCAGGCGGACCCCAGGACUUGUUCCUGCCCGGCUCCCCGCUCCUGCAGGACGCGGGAGGAGACUCUGCCCUCCCGGGGAGUUCCGUGCUGCUCCUGCCAGUCCCACGCCGGUUGCUCCCUCCCGGACUCCUCCGAAGCCCUUCCCUCCACAGAGCCCGUCAGCCCGCCCUGCUGUCGGAAGAGGAGCGGGGGCAGCACGCCGGACGGUCCGGUCCUGAAGCGGGCGAGGCGGGAGCAGAGGGAACAGGAGGUGCCGGAGCCGGGCGAGGAGGUGGAGGAGGAGAUGGAGACCGAGAACGUGGCCAACCUCAUCAGCAUCUUCGGCUCCAGCUUCUCAGGACUUCUCACCAAGGAGCCGGGGGCGCAGACGGACGCCGAGGCCGGGCAGGAGGUGCAGGAGCUGGACUCUGCCGCUGCCUCCUCCCCCGCCGCCGGCUGCAGCGAGCCGGCCAUCAGCGCCAGCAUCACCCCCUGGAGCACGGCCAUAGAGGCCUUCUGAUCCCCCGCACCGUGCGGUCCCCCUGUCCCGUGUCCUUGUUGUGUGGGGGUCGGAGAACGUUGCGUUAUUUUUGUUUUGUUUUAUUUUUUUUUAAAUGAUAUUUUGAAACUGUAGACCACGUGACGUCAGCGUUGGAAUCUUGUUUGGUUACAAUGUAUCACUUCUCUCUGCUCGGAUUAACCCGUUCGUUGCCAGGCGGGAGCUGCUGACAAGGAAAGGGUUAAGUGCCUUAGAGACCCAUCAUGGCUUGUCCUCCUGGUGGUCCACUGAGCCUCACCCUUUUAAAGGGGCACUAAACCCUAGAGUUUUUCUUUUAAGCGGGAAGUAAUAGCUGGUCUGACUAAGCUUUGCCUUUAAGGUCUAGUGCCUGUUUAAAAGUUCCCUUUAAGAGGGGGGUGUAUUUUGUCUUAGGUCUAUAUUUGGGUUGAGGGCAUCUUACAGUUGGUCCUGAGACGACCCCCCCCCCCCCCCCCCCUGGCAAUCUAUUCACUAAAUUUCCCCCCCCCCCCCCCCCAGGCAAGAAUGUCUCCCCAUCCCCCCUGUCUCUUUUGGUCACCACGUGCAAGGGGAGUUCCCUUUUAGGGGGGGGGGGGGAGUUCCCAUCUGCUUCUACUCCCUGCCACCCACCCAUUGUAUGCUGGGGCCCUUGAGUUGACUCAGCCACUCCUUCCAUUUACAUGUCUUGACUUGAGAGAAAAAAAAAAAAACUGACAACAUGGAUAUAAUGCACCCCCCCCUUACUCCUGGUCGCUUUUGAACAGCCAGUCAUUGCCUACGAUGAAAUUAAAGGGACCAGCCAUCUUGUUGUGGACCACGCCGGCAGUUAAAGCGCCAACCAGUCUGUCUCCUUUUGUGCGUAGGCAGUUCCCGGUACUACUUUCCCAGCGGCUCUGACACCAUUACGGACUUGUACACGCAGGAGGAAGUGACUGUUCAGUGUUUGUGUUUCGACCCUCUAAGUAUAUUGUAUGUGUAUUUCUCGACAGCUCUUGUCAGAUUUCGGUGCUCGCGUUGAGAGACUUUGUCCAUGCCCGGCCGGAUCGCCCCACCCGUCUCCGUUUUAGAAGACGGAGCGGUCCGGCUAGAAGCCGAUGACAUUGGGAGUUUACAGUAUUUUUCAUGCACAAUGCUGUAACUUUGGAAUCCUGUACAAAAAUGACGUUUCUACGUGUUUGACACGUAUUAAAUAUUUUCAAAAGUU